AUGUCCCGCCUCCCUCCUGCUGAAAAGCUGCCCCUUGCUCUGCGGAAAAACAUCCGCGAUGAGUGGGACAGCAAGAAGGAGGACCUCCAAAAGGAGCUCUCCAACGUUCUCGGCGCCGAGUGGACGCUGGACGAGAUCAAUCCCAACGAGCUCUACCCUUACGCCGGAGAUGGCUACGCCAAGCAGUCCCUCGGCAGCUGCAUCGCACAGUACGUGUCCUCGGCCAUCUCCAACCUCAAGACCUUUGCCUCGACCUACGGCGAUGAUGGCAAGGCCGAGCUCAACUCCAUCUGCCACGCCCGCUCUCUGCUCCUAGACCUCGACGACCGGCCCGACAAGAGCGCCCGCGUGACGUACUGCGGCGUGCUCGUCAGGGAAGGCGGCAAGCUGGCCAUCGUCUUCUCUGAGGGAAAACUUGGCACCAACGCCGACUACGCCGUCGACGGCCCGGGUCUGCUAAAGGCUCUCAACGACGCCCCGCCCGCCCCCGGGUCCGACAACGCCAUGAGUUACGCCGCGCGCACGUCGAUUGAGGAGACGCGCAAGAAGCUGGCCGACAUGCUAGAGCGGCCCGACGUCGUGCUCGUGCCCAACUUCGAGGCCAACUUUGCCCGCCUCCGCGAGGCCGCCAAGAAGAAGGGGAGCGAGGUGAGGGACGAUUGGGAGGGGAACCUAGGCGGCUUCACGAGGAUGUACUUUGAGGGGCUGGAGUACCAGAUGGCCUACCAGAAGUUUGGCGACGACGACCUGCUGCGCGAGGGCUUCAACGAAGCGGUCGAGAAGGGCGAGUUCCACUUCCGUAUCGUGGAUAAGAUGGCCUACGGGACCUACGGGGAGGUCGUCGUAGAGGACGGUACCAUAUACGUGCAGACUCGGGCCCACCACUUUGGCUCCAAUGUCAACUACGCCGCCGAGAAGAUCUUGGACCAGCUUUGA